AUGUCGCAGACGUUUGGUCAGCGAUCAGAUUUUGACUUUGAUGAUGGUUUUGAACAAGAGGAACGUGAAAAUGAUGAUUCAUUUGAAGAAAAUAUUCGCAAACAGUUGCUAGAAUUUAGAAGUGGCACCGAAAGAGAAAUCAUUCUUGAACCGUUAUCAACUGAGAAAAGGAAGAUUGUGCAUUGUAUAGCUACGAAUUGCAGUCUGAAGUCGCACAGCAUCGGGAGCGGAUGCAAUCGUCGCGUUGUAGUGACACGUUUUCCACAUGUUGAUCUGUGUACCUACACGAAUGCUAGAGAUUCGGAACCGAUUAUUUUGAGUAUAUUCCAAAAACGAGCACUGUCGCGUUUUCUGACCAUAUUUCCGUUAGGAUAUGGUGAUAUCGACUUGUACCUUCGAUCCGGCAAUGCGAGCCGACAAAUUGGUGGUCGCUGUCAUGCAAGCUUUAACAGACCAAUGUUGAUUCCACCUUGUCCGUCAGUACGUCAUACAUUUGAGAACUUCCGAAGAAGUUUGCCGACCUAUGCUAUGAGGGAAGAAAUUUUAAAAACUAUUCGCAAUCAUAAAGUAACAAUGAUCGUUGGUGGAACUGGUUGUGGUAAGACAACACAGGUUCCCCAGUUUAUUCUGGAAGAUGCUGCAGAACGACAGCAGGCAGUUCGAAUAUUCUGUACACAACCGCGAAGAUUGCCAGUUCUUGCUGUAUCUGCCCGCGUUGCGAAAGAGAGGAACGAGAAAUUGGGAUCAACAGUGGGUUACCAUAUUCGACUAGAGCAGAAAACAUCGGAACAAACUGUACUAACAUAUUGUACCAGUGGAGUUUUGCUACGGCUGCUAACAAACGACACUAAUGCUUCCAAUAUUUCACACAUUAUCUUGGAUGAAAUUCAUGAACGAGAGCAAAAAACGGAUUAUCUACUGAUAGCACUUCGACAGGCGCUUAAAAAUCGCGAUGACUUGAGAAUUAUUUUAAUGUCGGCAACAAUGGAAGAAAGUCGCGAGUUAUUUAGACGUUAUUUUGGUCCUGGAAAUGUUUUUUGUUUGGACAUACCAUCCACGUUACAUAAAGUGGAAAUGUUCUAUCUACCGGAAAUAUUGGCAUUAACAGAUUAUAAACAUUCAUCAUCAUUUACCGGUGGUACUUUCUUUGGCAAAACUGCAAGGAGCUUGAAUGAUGAUCAAGCUUACAAUAGUUUUCCUCAAGUGGACGAAUUUCGUUCUGAAAAUUAUGACGAUUCAAAAAUGCAGCAGGGACGUAAUAAUAAGAAAAAAAAUAGCGAUGAAACAAAUAGCAAUUAUGAAAUUAUGCCUUCGCGACAAAUUGCAUCAUCUGCUGUUGCAAAUGAUCAUUCAUCUCCAACAGUUAUCAGUCAGGGUUUCAAUUAUUCUCACCCACCACCAAAUUGUGUAUUUGCGCAGCAGAUCCCAAUGACCCCAUAUGGUAUGAUGGCAUCAUAUAUUGGUGGGCCGCAGAUGAUGUAUGCAACAUAUCAUGUGGUGCCGGCGCAGAAUGAUUGCCAGAAUUAUUACGUUACGCCUCCAAACGUACAAGAUUACACUCAGCCUCCAAAAUUCUAUAUAUCCACGAAUAACGCAGAUAGAUUUGGGAUGCAUGGAUCAAAUUUUUCUAAUCAGGAAUCACUAGUGCCAUUUUCGCUAUCAAAUGUUCAUUCAGAACGUCGAGAUGCGCCUCAUUACGAUCAAGAGUACUAUGUAUCGAGUUUGCGCGACCGUCCGCCACAUUUUGACCCGUCAUAUGUGGAAAUUCUGCGACGCACCAACUUGGAUACGAUUUACCUGGUUGAUUCUUAUAUGAUAUCCGGUGGUGAACAAUGGUUGGAAAGUGUUGAUACUGAUUUGACAGUAGCUGUUAUUAAUUAUUGCAUGGAUAGUCCAGUUCAUGGUUCAAUUCUAGUGUUCCUACCUGGUUAUGAAGACAUUUUAGCCGUACGUGAGAAAGCUAUUAAAAUGCAAGGCUGUUCUACAAAACCGGCUAUUUUCACUCUUCACUCUCAAAUGAGCAGUCAAGAUCAGCAGCGUGUAUUCGAGCCAGUGAGUCGUGGUUGUCGUAAAGUGAUUUUGAGUACAAAUAUUGCUGAAGCAAGUUUGACAAUUGAUGAUGUUGUUUUUGUGAUUGAUUGCGGUAAAGUCAAAGAGAAAAUCUACGACCACUCAACACGUAUAAGUCAACUUAAAAUGACAUGGAUAGCAAAGUCAAAUGCCGAACAACGAGCCGGCAGAGCUGGAAGAUGUCGAAAUGGUUAUUGCUUCCGAUUGUUCACAACAGAAGAUUAUGCGAGAAUGAACCCAACUCAGUUACCUGAAAUGAAAAGAAGCGCUAUUCAUGAAGUAUGCUUACAUGCGAAAAUGUUUGCUCCAAGAAAAUAUUCAGUUCGCCAAUUUCUGCUCAAUGCACCGGAACCACCAUCAGCAAUGGCCAUCGAUCAAAGCUUUGAAUUUCUUGAGCAAAUUGGUGCAGUUUUUAAAAGUCGACUAGAGUCAUCGCAGAUGUCACAUUUAUCAGACAAUUCAUACUUAGCAAAUACUUGGAAUGGUGAACCAGAUUUAACUGAUCUUGGGCGUCAUAUUGUACAACUUCCGCUGUGUCCGCAGUUGGCUCGGUUUCUUCUCUUUGGAAUUUGUUUGAAAUGUUUGAGUCCCGUUUUAACACUUGUUGCCACUUUGUCGCAUCGUGAUCCCUUUGUGUUACCACCGAGUGGUGAACGAGAAGAACGGAAUUCCGCAAUGAUGGCACGUGAUAUUUUCGCGGGCUUUGAUUACUCCGACCAUAUGACAUUUUUGAGAAUAUAUAACGCGUUUGUAAAAUUACCAUUCCAUGGACAGUCAAAUUUUUGCGUGGCUAAUUUUUUAUCUCUCAGUGCAAUGCGAAUGAUCGUUGGUAUUCGGCAACAGCUAUUUAUGGAACUGCAAAGGCUUCGACUGUUACCCUCAAGUUGCCGAUCGGCAGAUGAUCCUGAUUUAAAUCGAUAUGGUAGUUCAUGGCCAAUGAUUCAAGCUGCUAUCGUAGCAGGCAGUUACCCUAACAUUGGUUUUACCCGUUCUGGUGGCCAGAUUCGAAAAAUACGUACAAGUAACGAAGUUGCAUCAUUGCCAUAUGGAUGUGCGGUUAAACGACAAGCUUCAUCUACUGGAAUGAAUGGGAUGGGAAUUGGGAAAUUCGGUAGACGGGAACCGGUUAUUGAAUAUCUUGCUUUCCAGGAAUUAUCAAAAACUGGUGCUAACUUGAGUUUACGAACGGUUACAGCAGUUCCACCACUGUCUGUAUUAUUGUUUGCCGGUCCAAUUCAUCUCAAACGUGAAGUUUUGAAUGACUAUUCUAUAGGUGAUGAAUUUGCAUUAAAUGAUGAUGCGGACACGGAUUCAAAUACCGAUGAAUGCGUCUUUGCGCUUGAGCCAUGGUUGGUUUUCCGAUGGAAAUUUGAGGAUAUGCAGUUAAUGUUAAAACUGCGUGUUAAGCUGAUGACUUAUUUUAUAUACGUAAUGAAACAGCCUGAUCGUCCAGAAACUGAAGAAACUAAGGAACUGCUUGCAAUUAUAAAUCAAAUACUGUUGGAAGAUCAUUUUCGUGCAGGCUUUGCAGAAUGUACCGAUUUGCCAAAAUUUCGAGAACGUUCCCCAAAUUCUGUGAAUACUGAGGUAACAAAUGAACGAUCAGUUCGUCGUCGACAACUCGCGAGUAACACAGAAGAGCAGUGUCAACGAGAAAGUUCUGUUGAUAGUUCUUAUUUUAUGCCACGAAAUCAUCAGCCAAAACAAUCGAAUGGAAUUUCAAACUCGGACAGUCGAGCAGACUUCUGUGGUGGACCCGGCAUCGAUAACAACAAUCGUAUGUCCUACCAUCCUGAAGAAAACGGCACAGCAAGCACUCAUUCAAGUGAACCUGGUGAUGAUAGUUUUAUUCAGAUAUCGUUUCCACCUGAAGAAGAACAAGUUCCAGAAGAUCCAUGUAUGAGUACAUUGGAAGAAACGGGAGUAACAAAGAGCAAACAAAUAUUAGCAAUGAAUUUGGGAGAGGAACGGAAUGAUGCUUCAGGUGGCGAUGAUUUAUCACAGGAAAGAAAUACUGAGGAAUCAAAUGAACGACAGGAAACGUCUAAUGGCAUAGCUCCGGUUGUUCAGAGAUCAGGACAUUUUGUUCCUGAUCAUUUUCGAUCAGAUGAUCAGCGUAUUCGACGAAUGUUCCGACAGUUUGUAAAUAGAUCGAGGCCGCAGUCAACGCGAUCAGCUGAUGUAGCUAAAGCAGAAGAGCAGCAAGAGCAGCGCAAUAAUGAAGAAAUUAGGGAACAGCGACGAGAAAAUCGUCGAAGGGAUUGGCACUGGAGAAAAAACCCACCAGCAUGCUGUGUUGCACCAUCAGAUCCUUAUCGAAUGUCACUCGCGUAUUUCAGAGGAGGCGGACGCGGAAGGUGCGAUCGCUAUCGCGGUGGUGGACACCGUGGCCGUAGCAAGUACUGCGGAAGGACCACCUAA